UACCUUACCUAAACGACUUACUAAAAACGGUAGGUAGAGCUUAGAAAGGUGAUCUGUGUUUAUUUGUCCUACAAAUUCUCUCACUGUGACAGAAAAGCGGGUCGACCCGAAAAUUUAACGGGGCAACAACUACUUUCGUUGGCGCCAGAAUUUGACUGACCGGAGAAUUUAGCGGCCGUAAAAGGAAGAAAAAGAUGGUGAAGGCAAUAAUAGCGCCGUCGAUGUUGUCAUCGGACUUCGGUAAUCUGGCAUCGGAAGCAGAACGCAUGCUCAAUUGCGGUGCUGAUUGGCUCCACAUGGACAUCAUGAAAUUCAAGCAAAUGACAAAGGAAUUACAUCGUGGACAUCAUCCCAUAAGUUUAGGUUCAGUGAAUUUGAUGGCCUACAUGAAGCUAAGCAAAGGUGGUGUUGAAUCCACGUAUGUCAUUGAUGGUUCCCUUAUGGCAUUGGAUGCAAUCAAUAACUGGCAGGAGCUUGUUCAACGGAUAAAGUCAAAGGGCAUGAAACCUGGAGUUUCUUUGAAGCCUGGUACACCAAUUGAAGAAGUGUACCCACUGCUUGAUGGUGAAAAUUCUGUCGAACUGGUCCUUGUUAUGACUGUUGAGCCUGGUUUUGGGGGACAAAAGUUUAUGCCAGAGAUGAUGGAUAAGGUACGCACUCUCAGAAAAAAGUACCCAUCACUUGAUAUAGAGGUGGAUGGUGGUUUAGGACCUUCAACUAUUGAGGCAGCCUCAUCAGCUGGAGCAAACUGCAUAGUUGCGGGAAGUUCAGUGUUUGGAGCUCCAGAUCCAGCACAAGUCAUAACUUUGAUGCGAGGCAGUGUGGAGAAAAGGAGUUGAUACUGGAAGAGGCAACACUUCAUGUUGUAUUAAUGACUAUUAAAAGUGAAUAUCAUCUUUAUCACGUUCGCGGAAUCAAUAUCACGAGAUGCCUGCACUUGUUGAGUUAUCCAAGUUGUGUAUUUGUUGAAUAAUGUUAUUAAACAUGUAUUUUGUCACAUCUUCUUGAAACUUGCACGCAUCGAGUUAUCCAAGUUGUGUAUUUGAACAAUAUGAAAUAUUUGUUACUGAAUUUAGUUGGUGUCCAUGUCCAA